GCUAGCUUAGCUACGACAUCGAUCACAUCGACCAUCUCGAUCGAUCGAUCAGAAGCAGCAGCAGCGUGCGAUGUCGCACAUCGCGGUGGAGCGCAACCGGCGGCGGCAGAUGAACGAGCACCUCAAGGUGCUCCGGUCCCUGACGCCGGCGCUCUACAUCAAGCGCGGCGACCAGGCCUCCAUCAUCGGCGGCGCCAUCGACUUCAUCCGGGAGCUGCAGCAGGUGCUCGAGUCCCUCGAGGCCCGCAAGAGGCGCCGCAGCAGCACCACCAGCGGCUUCAGCCCCAGCCCCACGCCCAGCCCGCGCUCCCACCUCGUCGCCUUCUCCUCCUCCUCCGGCUGCAGCGCCGCCACCACCAGCAGCACCCCGUCCCCGCCGGUACUGCUGCCCGGCAAGGCCCUGCUGCCGGCGGUCAAGGAGCUCGCCGCCUGCUGCAACUCCCCCGCGGCCGACGUGGAGGCCAGGAUCUCCGGCGCCAACGUCCUGCUGCGCACGCUCUCCCGCCGCGCGCCCGGCCAGGCCGCCGGGAUGGUCGCCCUGCUCGAGGCGCUCCACCUCGAGGUGCUCCACCUCAACAUCAGCACCAUGGAAGACACCGUCCUCCACUCCUUCGUCCUCAAGAUCGGGCUCGAGUGCCAGGUCAGCGUCGAGGAUCUUGCCUACGAGGUGCAGCAGACCUUCGUCUACUUCCGGGAGCAGCAAGAGCAGCAGCAGGAUCAUCAGGCGGAGCAGCCGGGCCACCAGCUGCAGCUAGCAGGAGAAUCUCAUGUACUCAUGAGCCAUGGCCAUAUGAUCGAUGACGAACUGAUGAUGGCAUGAUGCAGCAGCUAGCAGCUAGCUAGCUAUAUAUUAGACUUUGAGCGUCGAUCACCUUGCUUCCUUGCUCUAUAUAUAGCUGGCUUGAUUUAGUUUGUCCAGCCGGCACACUUACAUACAUGAUACAUGUGUGUGCUCUCUACCUGUGAUCUGUAAUUCUGUAUCGAAAAAAAUAUGUUUACUCGUGAAUUUUAUUAGUGGUAAGUAACCUAGCUUGUACUGCCUUUCAUGCUUUUGUAAGCCGAAGCACUGGAAAGGCAACCUUUGUUUGUAAAUGCUCGCAAGCUGUACGACAUCAUUUUUUUUCUAGAUUUAACAAUUAGUAUUUUUUGCGAGGUUUUUAACAAUUA